AUGUAUCACUUGGGGCUUCUCUUCCCCAUCCUUGCUCUAUUCUCCACUUCACCUGUUUCAGCAGCUGAUUAUAACAAGACCUAUAUAUAUGCCGACCACUGCGGGGACAUCGUCCCAGAAUCAGUAGCAACCACCCUCUUCGUCCAGCACAAUGAUCAGACCUCCUUCGAGGAUGGUUAUUUCACCGGUGGAGCUGGCCUCUUUCAGUCUUCCAACUCCACCGUGUUCGCCCCGCCCUCCGUCAACGUCCGAACCAAGUCCCUUCACAGGACCAAGAAGGAUGGCAUCUUCCAAAUCCAAGCAACCAUGUCCCUCUACGGCGCCUUCCAGAACCGAUCGCAGCACUACAGGCGCUUCAAUUACCACCCCAAGACAAUCGUGGAAGAAGCUACCUUCAGCGACCUCGCCGGCUUCUGGUCCGAAUCCACCGGCAUGGUCUGCCUGGUUGGUCAUGGCGUCUUCCAGAACGCUACUGGCAUCUCCCGUGAUCUUUUUGCUGUUGUGAGUCUGACAUUUCCCAGAGUUUCCAGCUUGUCAACUACCUGGAUUAUUGGAACGGUAAAGAUUUUCGAUCAUGUUGAUGAACAUAAUAACUUCAGUCCCAUCUCCAUCUCACUUUUAGCUUAUUAUGUCCCAAAGACCUAUAGUUUCACUAAGAUCCCAUACGCUAAUACUUCAUGCUCCGCUGUCAAAAUUGAUGCCCCAAAGUUAGAAAUUUCACCUGACGGAGCGUGUGCCUUCUUGUAUAGGGUGUUUAGGAUAAACUAUACCAGAAGCGUUGAUUGCACUCAGGGCAAUUGUAGGUCAUUAAAUCAAACUCUAGGAUUCACCCCUCGAUUCCUUUCCUUUCAUGGGAUCACUUGCCGAGAAGAUGGGAAAACAAAAUUUUAUAUUAGGUUCUCCAAUUCCAGUAGUUAUCAAUAUAAUAUGCCUAUGAUACCAGAAAGGUCCUUGGUUGGUGAAGGAUUUUGGGAUCCUGGGAGGAACCAGUUCUGCCUGUUAGCUUGUCGUGUAAACAAAGACAAUUCACUGAAGGAUACUCAUGUUGGUGACUGCGACAUAGGGUUGACACUGUGGUUCCCAGAAGUCAUGAAACUGAAAGAAAGAAGCAGCAUCGUCGGUCGCGUUUGGAGCAUCAAGAACAAGGAAGAUGUGAAUUACUUUGACAUGGCCUCCAUCUAUAGUUUGAACAAUCGCUAUAACAUGUUCCAUGGUCUGCAUUACACUUACACCGAAGCUGAUUCGGUUCGCGAUUCUUGUAGUAAUGGGGGGCAUGCUUCCACUGAGUUGGGUGAUCAAAGAUAUCCGGAUCUAAAAUUUUUGGGUGGCGGGAGAUUAUCCUUAAACAUGAAGAAUGCUAAAGGAAAAGGACAGUGGGGGGAAGCGAAUUUCUUGUCAAUAGGAAACGACGUUUACGGAUAUGAUUUUGAAAAGCUGUCAGGUGUCAGAAGCUCAGCUUCUUUGGUGGGAUCAACACGAAGCUCGGAUGCUGCUAACAGUAGUAUGAAUGUGGGCUUUGAAAUCCAUUUAUGGAGUCAUUUUGAUGAUGACAACCACUUUGAAAUAAAUGAGCUUGCAGCAGAGGGUGUAUACGACUCUGCAACUGGAAGAAUCUGCAUGAAAGGAUGUCAAUACCCGAAGCACACUGACGGAAGCUCACUGGAUUAUGAUUCUAUUGACUGCGAUAUAUUGAUCCAUAUCCAGUUUGCUCCAGUUGAUGAAAAGGCCGAAGUUCACUUAAAUGGGACGAUCACUAGCACGAGGAAUAACAAGUCAGAUCCUUUUUACUUCGAGACUGUAACUAUAUCCAGUAACCAGAUGCAAAGAAGUGGAGCAGUUCGAACCGUUAGGAGAAUGAAUGUGGAAAUCAUCAUGGUUCUAGUCUCUCUAACAUUUUCUUGCAUUUGCAUUGCCAUGCAGAUCUUCCAUGUCAAGAAGCAACCACGCGUUCUUGCCUCCGUGUCCAUCACAAUGCUUCUUGCGCUAAUCCUCGGCUACACAGUCCCUCUGGUGGUCAAUUUUGAAGCCUUGUUCAUGAAAUCGAGAAGCGGAUCUAUACUUUUGCGGAGCGGCAGGUGGAUCUCUACCUAUGAAGUGAUUCUGAGGAUGCUCUCGAUAAUAGCUUUGUUCUUGUCCAUGCGCUUGCUCCAGUUGGCGUGGUCCGCGAGAUCAUCAGCAGGAGACAGCAGGGAUUUAUGGGUCCAAGAGAGGCGUGCGCUCAGAUGGUGCUUGCCUCUGUGCGCUGCAGGGGCGCUGCUCACUUGGCUCGUGUCUUCCAAUUGGGAAGCUUUGAUACCUUACUCUGGCUUUGUGCUCGAUGGAUUCUUGCUUCCCCAAAUCAUCUUCAACGUGGCUCAAAGGUCGAAAGGGAGAGUUCUCACACCCAGUUUCUACAUCGGGAUCGUGGCCGUCCGAGCUUUGCCUCACUUGUAUGACAUUUAUCGAGCUCGAAACUACACUGCUAUAGAUUCGACUGACAUUUAUGGAAGUGGAAAAUGGGACUUUUACUCCACGGCGUGGGAUGUCAUCAUUCUUUGCGAAGGACUGCUGCUGGCUGCUCUCAUAUACCUGCAACAACGGUUUGGCAGUGAAUGCCUGGUUCCCAAGAGACUGAGAAUGUAUAUCUAUCGGUAUGAAGAAGUUCCUGGUGUUGAUAUCUAG